CAUCUCAAAAGAGAAUGGCGAGACAUUUAGAAGAUGUGAUUAGCAUGGCGACAACAACAACACAGUUCCAUGUUAGUUACCUUCUUCAUAUUGUGUUUUUGGCUCUGUUCAGCUGUUGUGUCCUCUCGGCUCUGUUACUCUCAUGUGCUGACGGAGCAUCCGAGAACAAAGCCACUUCCGGCAAUACCCCUUCUGCCGGUGGUUGUGGUGGUGCCGGUUGCGGCGGUGGUUGUGGAGAUUGAGUUUCUUCAUAUUCGCCGUGACUUGGUGGUAUUGUGGUUUUUGUGGUCAUCA